AUGGUAAUAUUUUUAACUUUAAGAUAUUCUAUCCGCCAUUCUGCACAUAGUGAUACAUUGAUAACGAUCACAUUUGUACAACUACAUCUUACGGUUUCAGUUAGUAUUGUCAUAAUAAUAGCCCCGAAAUUUUAUUUAGUCAGUUCUGAAAGCACAAAGCAUACACAGACUUUGGCUAGUAGUGGCAAUAAAGCACAUCCUUCACUUGCUAAGCUUCGUGAUAAUUUGCUUAAUGGCACAAUUGAUUUCGCUGAUGUACCAAUUGUUGAUAUGAAUCCAGAAGACAUCAGAGCUGAACUGAAAAGAGUCUAUACUCAAUUACGAAUGUAUAAACUAAAAAAUAUUUAUCAAGAUAAUCCACAUAUCAGCAAGCGAAAAGGUGGUAGAAAACCUAGUAGCGACAGAGUUAAUUUUAAAAAUCGGCGUAUCUCAAUACCACCAUCAAAUUCUCCUAAGCUUAAAAGAAUGGAUGAGGACGAACGAAGUGAUUUAACCGUUGAAUCAGCGCCUCAUAACGUUUUUUUAUCAACGUACAAACUGCAAUUGGAGCCGCACCAAUCAGUCCGUGUUUAACU